AUGUCGGUAGAACGCGAAGCCCUUGUAUACCGAGCGAAAUUGACAGAGCAGGUUGAACGAUAUGAUGAGAUGGUGGAAGCGAUGAAGAAAGUUGUGGAAGGUGGUGAGGAGUUGACUGUUGAGGAGCGCAAUCUGCUUUCUGUGGCUUACAAGAAUGUUAUUGGCUCUAGGCGAUCAUCUUGGCGUGUGUUUAGUGCAGUGGAACAGACUGAAGAACGUAAAGGUAACGUUCAAAAGCAGGCUGCAGCAAAGCGUUUCCGUGAGAUCUUGGAGUCCGAACUUGAUCACGUAUCUAAGGAAAUACUUGGUUUGAUUGACAAGCAUUUAAUUAGUUCUGCGUCAAAACCAGACUCGAAAGUCUUCUAUCUCAAGAUGAAGGGAGAUUACCACCGUUAUAUGGCAGAAUUUUCGGUUGACCCUCAACGUAAAGAAGCAGCCGCAAAAAGUGACGACGCAUACAAGGAAGCAUCCGAAAUCGCUGCUACUCAACUGCCCCCGACUCACCCGAUCAGACUAGGACUGGCGCUAAACUACUCCGUUUAUUUCUAUGAAAUUAUGAACAGCCCCGACAAAGCUUGUAAUCUGGCACGUUCUGCGUUUGAUGAUGCUAUAGCCAAACUUGAUCAGCUGUCAGAAGAAAGCUACAAAGACUCCACUUUGAUCAUGCAAUUACUACGGGACAACCUAACUUUGUGGACUUCUGAUCCUGAAGGAGAUGAUGCCAAGAAGAAUACGGAUGAACAGGCUUGA